AUUAAAUGAGGUGAAUCUAAAACUGCAAGGAAAAGGAAAACCCAUCCUAGGGUUUGUUAGAAGAAUAAAAAGAAAAAGAAAAAAAAAUUCUUUUUGCAGAAGCUAUCCAGAGCGGUUGAAGAAAAUGAAAAUUAAUGGUGAUGUUAAGGCUUUAUUUAUCUUUGUGACCAUGUUAUUUAUCUUCUCAGAUUCCUUUAUUUUAGAGUGUCCGCCUGUUAAAGAAGGUGCAGAUGUUAUUGUUAAAACAUACAUCCCUCAGAAUCAGAAUAACACUGUUACAAAUGAAAUACGGAAACUUGUUUUUUAUAGAGAUGACUCAGAAAUAUGUAGCUGCUCAUUAAUUAAUGAUCAUAUUUGUUACAAUAAAAUACAAAACGUGAGUAAAGACAUAUGUGUCACAAAUAAUCAGACCUCAGACAAAUUCAACACCACCAUUAAAUUACUUACAAUCCCAAGUUGGAAUAACAUCUCAUCCAAGAUCUUUAGUAACAAUACAUGGAAGGUGAACUUUGGAAACGUAAAUGAAACAUGUGACAUUAAGUUCUAUGCUUUUCGUGGCAAGCCAGAAUGUUACUCAAAUAUUUCAUCAGAAUAUCUCAAGAUAAUGUGUUAUUUAAACAAUGUUUUCCCACAAGCGAAGUGUGACUUAAAGGUUACACCAUAUGAGAAUGUUACUAUAUCUGCGACUUUAGAGUAUAAUGUUCCUGCUGGUGACUAUUACAAUUCAUCUUGCAUAUUUAAUUUAUCUAUGCCUGAGAAUGUAACAUAUAAAGGGAAGGUGACUAUGUACCCUAAUAUUACUGAUGAUAAAAGUGAUUUACAAUAUGGGCAAAGUGCUGAAAUUACUUUUUCAGACUCACAGGUUACACCAAUAGAAACAUCUACUAUACAACGUACUAAUCAAACAACAUCUUACAGUAGGAUUAGCGAAAUUAAUAUUGUAUUGGUCCUGACAGCAUCUGUUGUUUGCCUGCUACUUUUUAUUACUGUUGCUGUGAUCGUAACUUUUCUCAUUAUAAGGAGAAGAAAAGGUUAUAUUGAGGAGGAUAACUGUUGCACAUGUUCUUGGCUUACAUCAAAUUAUAAAUUUCUAUGUCAUAAUAAAAAAGUAACAGAAAUCAACAACACUAUGAUUUAUACACUUACUUUACCUAGACUAAAGAGUAAUAUUGGUGAUUCAUAUUCCAAUGUGAAUAAACUUCAGUUGUCAGGCUUUACAGUUUGUCAUUCUGAUGAUCUAAAUACAGCAAUUUUGAAAGUAACCCAAUCAAAGACAUUCGACGCGGGAUAUGAAAACUGUACGAGUGUUACAGGAGUUAACUUACAAAACAAAGAAAAACAACCAGACAUUUAUUUCAAUGGCGACAUCAUCAAGCCCAGUGUCACAAACAUCAAACAUUAGAAAUGUACCUAGAGGCUUUCGAAAAUUCCGUUGUAAAAAUGUGACAGUAUUUGUUGUACACUUUUAAUUCGCCUUGUUGAAUCGCUAUCAGUACUUUAUUUUUAUUUUUAUUAUCAAAGAUGUCUAUACAUUGUAUUUCAUUUGAGAAUGAUUAUCAUUAAACUCAUUUUAAUCAGAGCGUACGAGGCUCUAAUCCCCAAAAUCACUAGCCUGAACAGAAUUUUUUUUUUAUGUUUUUAACUCUACCCCCCAACCUUUUUUUUCUUUUUGGCAAAUAAAAUAAAAAAAAAAAAUCACCACCUUGUUAGCCAGAAAAGGAAUACAAAUCAAGCUAGUUGUUUGCGAAGGCAAUAGUCUGGCAUGCGGACUACAUGUCCCGUCCAUCGAAGUUGGGACAUUUUCACGUCGCAUUGAUACUUUGCAUGUUGGACAUCUCUGCGAUUUCUGUGUCUGGUAUCCGGUCGAACCAACGCACCUUAUGGAUACUUCUUAAACAGCGUAGGUGGAAGGAGUUUAACUUUUUUAUGUGGCGGUAAUAUUGGGUCCAGGACUCUGAUGCAUAUAAGAGUGACGGGAGAACUUCAAUACUGUAGACAUUUAGAUUUGUGGAUAUGCUGAGUCCUCUCCGUUGCCACACUUGUCCUUGAAGUCUGCCAAACCAGACUAUAGAAACAAUAUAUAAGUGUACAAUCUUCUAUGUUCAUGAGAACUUCACUAACAGAGUGCUUACAAAGUUAACUUGAGAAGGCUAAAGAUACGAGUUUAUAUUCAGUUCGUACCCACCUUCCUUUUUAUAUAAAUGAUUUUUUUUUACUGUUAGUCUAGAUCAUGGGCGUAGCCAGGGGGGGGGGGUUCUUGGGGUUCAAACCCCCCCCCCCCCCCGAAAUGAAAUCCCCCCCCUCGGGGGGGGGGGGGGGGAGUCGGAAUUUAGUGACUGACUUUUUGCUUUGAUUUUGUUUAUUUUAGGUGAGAUUUUAUUACUAAACCAUCACUUGCCUCAGCACAACCAAAGGGGUUUUGAGUUUAAAAACCCCUACCAAGGGGGUUCGAGUUUAAAACCCCUACCAGAGGGGUUCGAGUUUAAAACCCCCUACCAGGGUUUUGAGUUUUAAACCCCCUAGCUGGGGUUUUUGCAGUUAACUCCCCCUCUUCUAUACAACAAAACAAAAAAAAUGCAAACGAAAAUCCCCUUAUUCCAAGAGCACAGUUCAGGAAGAUUUUUAUUUUAAAACCCCGUCUAAAAUUUACGAUAAACCCCCUCUUUAAUAUAAAAAAAAGCUAAUUAAGCACUCAAAAUGUUAUGAGCGUAGCUAAAUGGGUUUUGACUCAGUUUUGACUCCAGUGGAGUUUGAAGCUAAAAAGUACCUCUUGAAUAUAAAUAAAAGAAAAUUACUCACUCUAAAAUCCAAGAGCUUAGUCAAAGGGGUUUUGAGUUUAAACCCCCCGUCAGGGGGGUUUGAGGAUAAAAAAUACAUCUUCAGUGUAAAAGAAAAAGCAAAUUAUGCACUCAAAAUGCUAUGAGCGUUACCGAAAGGGGUUUUGAGUUUAAACCCCUAUUCAGAUGGGUUUGGUGCUAAAAAUACAUCUUCAAUAUAAAAAAAAAGCAAAUUACACACUAAAAUUAUUUGAGCGUAGCCAAGCCAAUCGGGGGUUUUGAGUUUAAACCCUUCUUCUACAGAUGGCUUUUUUUUUAAAGUUUAAAACCCCUUCAGAUGGUUUUGAGUUUAAGAUCCCCCUGCAGAGCAUUUUGAGGUGGAAAACCCCCAACAGAAGAUUUUGACGAUAAAACUUCUCUUUUCGAUAUAAAAUCUAAAGCAAACUACAGUCACUUCAUUCCAAGAGCGUAUUCAAGAGAGGUUACACAUUUUUACCAGUAGCAGGGCUCCAUUAAUAAACUGCAGUGAAUAGUCAUCUACCGAAAUCGAAUAAACACUAAAUGUGGCUCAACAUAGAGGGCUAAGACAGAUUUUAGGAGUCAGUUAUAGAGAUCGGGUCUAGAUCAAGGAAAUCCUAUGCCGAACUGGGAGUCGACCCUUAGAUUGUGAGAGAACGACGCAUGAGGUUUGCGGGACAUGUUCUCCGACAAAAUGAAUUACGCAUAAGAAGAGUUGCAAUGAUAUCCUAGUACAACUUGACGCCACUCAUUCAUGGAGGUCCUCAUGGUAGGUGGGAAGAGGCUUCAGACAUUACCAGUGACAGUAAGAAUAGCACAUUAGGUUUUUGAAAUAAAACUUUUUAAUAGCAGGAAAAUGCACUGUAGAUACCUCAGAAUAUGCAUUUUGUUGGCUUUCAAUACUAGAAAUAGUGCUUGGCGGCGGGGCUUCGCCCCGCGCUGGGGAGCUUCUAGCGCUCCCCCAGACCCCUUGCUAGUAAUGGCGGGAAGUAUACAAUUUUAUGGAAACAGCUUGAUGGCAAAUGCGCCGAACGACGAGGGAGGGUCUAAGUCAGUAAGAAUAGCACAUUAGGUUUUUGAAAUAGAACUUUUUAAUAGCAGGAAAAUGCACUGUAGAUACCUCAGAAUAUGCAUUUUGUUGGCUUUCAAUACCAGAAAUAGUGCUUGGCGGCGGGGCUUCGCCCCACGCUGGGGGAGCUCCUAGCGCUCCCCCAGACCCCUUGAUAGUAAUGUCGGGAAAUGUACAAUUUUUCCACUAAUCAUGGAAGAACCUAUUCUAGGGCACAAUAAACGUCUUCCGAAAGAAUGAAGGGUCAGAAUGUAAUAAAGAUUAUGUACACACACACACAUACAUAAAUACAUAUAAUUUUUUUCCUGGGGGGGGGGGAUUCACUCCCUCAAAACCCCCCCCCCCCCCGAAAAAAAAUCCUGGCUACGCCCAUGGUCUAGAUCUAUUACAAAUUUAAUUACAUAAGUGAUUCAAACUAAUAAAUCCAACUAUGCUAAAUAUAUGCUUAUUUUUUUAAAUCAUGAUUUUAUAUUCUGUAAUUUAUCCUUGCAUUGAAAAAUCUUGAAUCGUUUGCUGUUAAAAUCUUUAUCUAAAAUGCGCUUUUAAGCGUGAGAAUUUCCUUAAUUUUUUAAACAAUUAGAUUGAAAGUACUAAGUUAUGAAAUUAUGUUUGUAUCUGUAAGUAUGCUAGUAAAUAACUUUAUUACAUAAAUUUGUAUUGUAUAAUAUUUGUAGGGUAUAGAUGAAACAGAGAAGUAUGUUUAUCCUUUUGAAAAAAAAAAAAUUUUUUUUAUUGUUUUGUUAAUGGUUAAAAUAGAAGUAAAAAACAAUUCUAAGAUUUUUUUUCUAAACGAUUUUUUUUUCAAAUAUAUUCAAUUGCGUAUUUUUUUUACCGCAUUACCUUUUAAAAUGUACCCAGCGACUCCUUAUUUAAAUUAAAUGUAUAUAAAUAUAAUUUUAAGUUCUAUUUAUAUCGCAAAGUACUAACUCUGCAAAAAUUGUGCGGUUUAUAUACCAUUUUUUAAAUAUUAAGUAAAUAUAUACAAUUCUCUGUACUUAAGUUUUACUUAUGUAAUUAGCUCAUGAGAGAUAAAUAAGAUAAAAUGUUUAAAAUAUAUUAAUAUUAAUGUCAUGAGGAAAUUGAGCAACACAAAAAUUCGAGAUAUUAUUUUGACAUUAAAAUUUAGAAUUUGUUUUUGUUUUGAAAUUAGUUACUAAAGGUUUAUAAGUAAAAAUUUUCAUUGUACAUUAAUCAAUCAUUAAACUAACUUAAAUUUUUUCUUAUAAUUGAAUUAAAUCAAUAUUGAAAUAAAAAGUUUGCAUUUCA